AUGACAAAUAGAAUAGAUGACAGUGAGAUGUCUAAUAAGGAGAACUAUCUGAUGGGAAAGCAAAAUGGUAAAACACCAUCGAAGAAUGGUGACUUGGUAGAACCAAAGAGACGCCGAACAGAAUCGACGGACGAUUUAAUUGAAAUAAAAUCUAAAGAAAAGUCGUCGACGUUUCUUAAUGAGUUGAGUGAAUACGCAAUUGAGUUGGAUCAAGAUGCUGAAAAAGCCACGAAAGAUCAGAAAUGGCAACGUCCUGCUCUGUCGCCUCUGAAUACUGAAAAGGAUGAUAUAUUUUUUCAGCAAAUCGAUUGUGAAGAAUUUACCGAAGGACCUGUUCCUUCUAUCCGUUUGUUUGGUGUAACUGAUCAUGGUAAUAGUAUUUUAACGCAUGUAACUGGAUUUCUUCCAUACUUCUAUAUAAAGGCGCCCGUAGGAUUCCGGGCUGAAAUGAUUGAACAUUUUUCUCAAGAAUUAGAUGCAGUGUGCAAUGGAGGUGUAAUUGACCAUUGCACCAUUGAAAUGAAAGAAAAUCUUUACGGUUUUCAAGGAAAUGAAAAAUCGCCUUUCAUUAAGAUUUACAUAACAGAUCCUCGGUUGGUAUCUCGUGCUCGAAAUGUGUUUGAACGAAACGAAAUGAAUUAUGAAGGACUAUUUCCUACCUCCGUAAUAACAUUUGAAAGUAACACACAAUAUCUUAUGCGUUUUAUGAUUGAUUGUGAUGUGGCCGGUAUGAGCUGGCUUCAAUUACCAGCUGGAAAAUACCAAUUUCGAUAUCAAAACUGUGUUUCGGACUGUCAAGUUGAAGCCUGGAUCCAUUAUAAAGACUUAAUAAGUCUUCCUGCAGAAGGUGAAUGGUUAAAGAUGGCUCCUCUUCGUAUUCUGAGUUUUGAUAUUGAGUGCGCUGGCCGUAAAGGUAUUUUCCCUGACUCGUCUAUAGACCCGGUAAUCCAAAUCGCCAACAUCGUUACACAAUAUGGUGAUAAAGAUCCGUUCGUUCGAAACGUGUUUUGUGUUGAUACUUGCUCUCAAAUUGUAGGUACCCAUGUCUUUGAGUAUCAAAGUCAAUCAGAGAUGCUUUCAGCUUGGGCAAAAUUUGUUCGCGAGGUUGAUCCAGAUGUAAUGAUUGGUUACAAUAUUAGCAAUUUCGAUUUCCCUUAUCUACUUGACCGUGCCAAGGUUUUACGUGUCCAUGACUUUCCUUUACUUGGCCGUAUAAAAAAUUACUAUACUAUUGCCAAAGAUACCACUUUCUCGAGCAAAGCUUACGGUACCCGUGAAAGUAAGUCCAUUCAAAUUCCCGGGCGACUUCAACUCGAUUUGCUUCAAGUCAUGCAGCGUGACUUCAAGUUACGAUCAUAUUCUUUGAAUGCUGUUUGCGCACAGUUUUUAGGAGAACAGAAAGAAGAUGUACACCAUUCUAUUAUUACAGAUUUACAUAACGGUACCGCAGAUUCCAGACGACGUUUAGCCAUCUAUUGCUUGAAGGAUGCAUAUUUACCCCAACGACUUAUGGACAAGUUAAUGUGCUUCGUUAAUUACACAGAAAUGGCAAGAGUCACUGGUGUGCCAUUUAAUUAUCUAUUGUCUCGCGGUCAACAAGUCAAGGUUAUUUCACAAUUGUUCCGCAAAGCACUUCAGCAUGACCUUGUGGUUCCCAAUAUAAAAGUCAAUGGAACAGAUGAGCAAUAUGAAGGUGCCACUGUCAUUGAACCCACAAAGGGAUACUAUGAUACACCAAUCGCUACUUUGGAUUUUAGCUCUCUAUACCCCUCCAUUAUGCAGGCUCAUAAUCUUUGCUAUAGUACAUUAUUAGAUCCUAACACUGCCAAGUCCCAUAAUUUAAAACCAAACGAGGACUAUUCAAUUACUCCUAAUGGAGAUUAUUUUGUAAAACCUCAGGUCCGUAAGGGUUUACUGCCGAUCAUUUUGGCAGAUUUGUUAAACGCUCGUAAGAGAGCAAAAGGGGACUUAAAAAAUGAAAAGGAUCCUUUUAAAAAGGCUGUUCUGGAUGGCCGUCAAUUGGCUUUGAAGGUUAGUGCAAAUUCCGUCUAUGGUUUUACUGGUGCUACUAACGGUCGACUUCCUUGCCUGGCAAUUUCCUCAUCAGUUACAUCUUAUGGUCGUCAAAUGAUAGAAAAAACCAAAGAGGUUGUUGAAGAUCAUUUCCGUAUGCAGAACGGCUAUUCACAUGAUGCUGUAGUUAUUUACGGAGACACAGACUCCGUUAUGGUUAAGUUUGGCGUUAAAACAUUACCCGAAGCUAUGAAACUCGGAGAAGAAGCAGCUAAUUACGUUUCUACUCAUUUUAUUGACCCUAUAAAGUUGGAAUUUGAGAAGGUAUAUUUCCCUUAUCUUUUAAUUUCCAAAAAGAGGUAUGCAGGCUUAUUUUGGACUCGCACAGAUACAUUUGAUAAGAUGGAUUCCAAAGGUAUUGAAACUGUCCGUCGUGAUAACUGUCCUUUGGUUUCAUAUGUGAUUGAUACAGCUUUGCGAAAAAUGUUGAUUGACCAAGACGUUGAGGGAGCUCAAGAAUUUACGAAAAGCGUUAUAUCUGACCUCCUUCAGAAUAAAGUUGAUAUGUCACAGCUUGUAAUUACAAAAGCUCUUUCAAAGACGGAUUACGCUGCUAAACAAGCUCAUGUUGAACUGGCUGAGCGUAUGCGUAAAAGAGACGCGGGUUCAGCACCUGCGAUUGGUGAUCGUGUUGCCUACGUUAUAAUUAAAGGUGCACGGGGCGACCAGUUUUACAUGCGCUCUGAAGAUCCAAUAUAUGUAUUGGAAAACAACAUUCCAAUUGAUGCCAAGUAUUAUCUAGAAAAUCAACUUUCAAAACCUCUACUUCGUAUCUUUGAGCCUAUUCUGGGAGAAAAGGCUAGUUCUUUGCUUCAUGGAGAUCAUACUAGAACCAUUUCAGUUGCAGCACCUAGCGUUGGUGGAAUCAUGAAGUUCGCUGUUAAAGUUGAAACAUGUUUAGGGUGUAAAGCUCCAAUCAAAAAGGGUAAAGCAGCAUUAUGCGACAACUGUCUGGAUCGAUCCGCUGAACUGUACCAACUCCAGGUUGGGCAGGUUAAUGACUUAGAGAUUAGGUUUGCUAGAUUAUGGACGCAGUGCCAAAGGUGUCAAGGCAGCAUGCACCAAGACGUUAUUUGUUCAAGUAGAGAUUGCCCUAUUUUCUACAUGAGAAUUGCCGAAUACAAAAAGCUUAAACAAUCAGUGGAUGUACUUCAGCGGUUUGAUGAGAUGUCUUGGUAA